AUGCAAGGGCUAAGGAUAGAUCAAAGAAAGUUAGCUGAAUCACAACAGCAGGCUGUUAGUAAUUUGCUUCAAAUACGAGAUAAUGAUGGCAAAACAGCUUUGCAUUACGCUGCUGAAUCUAGUAACACAAAAAUACUAGAAGAGCUGAUAACCGCUAUAAGGCCACAAAAAUGUAUGGAACUCGAAGACACUAUAGCGCAGGAGGAAGAAAUACAGAAAAUAAGAGGAACAAGAAAUGGAGAAAAAGAAUGUAUGCAAGGGCUAAGGAUAGAUCAAAGAAAGUUAGCUGAAUCACAACAGCAGGCAGUUAUUAAUUUCCUUCUUGUACAAGAUAAUGAUGGCAAAACAGCUUUGCAUUACGCUGCUGAAUCUAGUAACACAAAAAUACUAGAAGAGCUGAUAACUGCAAUAAGGCCGCAAAAAUGUAUAGAACUCGAAGACACUAUAGUGCAGGAGGAAGAAAUACAGAAAAUAAAAGGAACAAGAAAUGGAGAAAAAGAAUGUAUGCAAGGGCUAAGGAUAGAUCAAAGAAAGUUAGCUGAAUCGCAGCAGCAGGCAGUUAGUAAUUUGCUUCAAAUACGAGAUAAUGAUGGCAAAACAGCUUUGCAUUACGCUGCUGAAUCUAGUAACACAAAAAUACUAGAAGAGCUGAUAACUGCAAUAAGGCCGCAAAAAUGUAUAGAACUCGAAGACACUAUAGCGCAGGAGGAAGAAAUACAGAAAAUAAGAAGAACAAGAAAUGGAGAAAAAGAAUGUAUGCAAGGGCUAAGGAUAGAUCAAAGAAAGUUAGCUGGAUCACAACAGCAAGCAGUUAGUAAUUUGCUUCAAAUACAAGAUAAUGAUGGCAAAACAGCUUUGCAUUACGCUGCUGAAUCUAGUAACAUAAAAAUACUAGAAGAGCUGAUAACUGCAAUAGGACCGCAAAAAUGUAUAGAACUCGAAGCCACUAUAGCGCAGGAGGAAGAAAUACAGAAAUUAUAUCAAAAAUCUAUAGACAAAUUUUUAAAAAUUACAGAUAGUUACGGAGAGAAUUGGCUAAGCUAUGUAUUAUUAAACGGUAAAGGUGAUCACAAAAGCGUCCAUAUUUUAAAUGUAUUAGCUUUAAUGUUCGACUCUACAUAUUUCAGAUGCUACCGUAUCAUAUUAUAG